AUGGCUUCGAUUUGGAUUGCCGCCCUCCUGGCAGGGACGUCUGUCGCGCAGUAUUUUCCACCUACACCCGAGGGAGUGAAGAUUGUUGAGUCCAAGCACCACAAGGGGGUGAAGAUCUCAUACAAAGAGCCGGGAAUCUGUGAGACAACCCCAGGAGUCAGAUCGUAUUCGGGGUAUGUGCACUUGCCUCCAGGCUCCUUGGACGACGUCAAUGUCGAACAAGACUACCCGAUCAAUACCUUCUUCUGGUUCUUCGAGGCUCGCCACAACCCGAAGAAUGCCCCUCUCUCCAUCUGGAUGAACGGUGGUCCAGGCAGUUCUUCUAUGAUUGGUCUCAUGCAGGAAAAUGGGCCUUGCAUCGUGAACGAGGAUUCUAACUCCACCGAGCUAAACCCUUGGUCGUGGAACAACUAUGUCAACAUGCUGUACAUCGAUCAGCCAAAUCAGGUCGGUUUCAGCUAUGAUGUCCCUACCAACGGCACCUUCGAUCAAGUCGCAGGUGCCUGGAAUCUGUCCGAAUGGGCCGAAGUGCCCACCCAGAACAAUACGUUCUAUGUCGGCACGACGGCCAGCCAGAAGGCGUCCGCCUCGGCGAACAGUACGCAGAACUCCGCCCGAUCACUCUGGCACUUUGCCCAGACUUGGUUCACCGAGUUCCCGCAUUACAAACCGCAUGAUGAGCGCGUGAGCAUCUGGACUGAAUCUUACGGCGGUCGCUAUGGUCCAUCCUUCACUGCCUUCUUCCAGGAACAGAAUGAGAAGAUCCAGAAUGGCACCAUCAAUACCCCUGACGCAUCGCAUUAUAUUCACCUCGACACCUUGGGCAUCAUCAAUGGCUGUAUUGAUCUGCUGGUCCAGGAGCCGACUUACCCAGUGAUGGCAUACAACAACACGUACGGUAUUGAGACCAUCAAUAAAACAGUCUACGAUAAUGCCAUGGAUGCAUGGAGUCGUCCUGGAGGAUGCAAAGACCUCAUCAUCAAAUGCCGCGCCCUGGCCGCAGAAGGCGAUCCCCAGAUGUACGGGCACAACACCACCGUCAACAAGGCAUGCCAAAAGGCGGAUCAGCUUUGCUCCAACAACGUCGAGGGCGCAUACGUGGAGUUCUCCGACCGCGGCUACUAUGACAUCACACAUAAGAACCCCGAUCCAUUCCCGCCCUCCUACUUCCUCGGCUGGUUGAACCGAAACUGGGUCCAAGGCGCUCUCGGCGUUCCCAUCAACUUCACCGAGUCCAGCGACGGCGUCUACAACGGCUUCUCGUCUGUCGGUGACUACCCACGCUCCGACGUACACGGCUAUCUGGAAGACCUCGCAUACGUCCUCGAUGCCGGUAUCAAGGUUGCUCUCGUCUAUGGCGACAGCGACUAUGCCUGUAACUGGAUUGGCGGAGAAGACGCCAGUCUCCUGGUGAACCAUUCCAGCGCGGAUGCAUUCCGCUCCGCCGGGUAUGCGCCCCUCCACACGAACUCGUCCUAUGUUGGUGGUCAGGUCCGCCAGCAUGGCAAUUUCUCCUUCACGCGCGUUUAUAACGCAGGUCAUGAAGUCCCGGCUUAUCAGCCCCAGACCGCUUAUGAGAUCUUCUACCGGGCGCUGUUUAAUCGUGAUCUGGCGACUGGUAAGAUUGAUACUGCUCGAAAUGCGUCUUAUGAGACGCAGGGGCCUGCGUCUACCUGGCAUAUCAAGAAUAAGGCGUCGGAGAGUCCUGAUCCGCUUUGUUAUAUCCUUGCGCUUGGUGCAACCUGCACUGACGAUCAGAUUGCCAGUGUGCUGAAUGGAACUGCUGUCAUUCAGGAUUAUAUUGUCGUGGAUGGCAAAUCAGACUAA